UUCUCUUCAUGCCCAGAUUUCAGAACCUGCGAUAGGCUUUUCUGUUUGCUUAAUUACUUUCGAUUCAUACUCUGAAGUCUGACCAGAAAUUAAUUCUAGUCUAAGAGAGAUGGGUCGAAAACAAGGUGGUUUGUAUAUAAAUCCAAAGAAGUUUGGAACUCUUAGGAAGCCUUGCAUGAAGGAGAUGGUAACCUUCCUGAAUUGUUUGGCGCUGAACCAGAACAAUGACGGUAAAUGUGUUCGGCAGAAGGAACUUCUUAGUGCCUGCAUGGAUGCUCAGACUGGGAAGAGUAGAAAGCCUUGGGGAAGCAUCAAUUAUCACCUUCAGAGGCUUAGUAGAGGAAGGAAAUAGUUUGUAUUCUGUACCAAGCUAUACUUGUUAGUGUUUGACUCUUCAAUUUGAUUUUGCGGAAAGGUUUUUGUGGCUGUAAACCUCAGCCUUGUUUUGAAGAAAAGUAUAUUGAAUAGUUGGUUUAAAUUUAUCACAUUUUUCUUGCUG